AUGUCUCAAAUUCCACAUUUGAAUGAAAUUCCUAAACCAAACUUCAUUCAGAUGCCAAUCCCUGAUAAACCAAUAACACCUCCUCACACUCCAGACAGAAUAACUGUUCAAAAACGAGGCAGUGCGUCUUCUACACCACCUGAUAGCCCAUCUCGCGCAAAUCUUCAAGCUGCUGAUAAAAAAGCAUUAAAAACACUAAUAUCUCUCACGAGAUCGAUAGAUACUACAGUAGAAAGACUUUAUUCUUUCUGCGAACAUAUAUUUAAUGAAAAAUUCAGUUCUUUAUUAAUAGAUUAUUUCGAAAAACACGUAACUACAUUUAGAGAGCUCAAUACAUGCAUUGUUUCUCAAAAUCAAUUCGAGCAAAGCAAGGCACGCGAAUCAACUCCUUCCCCUGUUAGUUUUAACUUUCCUUCCAACAUGGGAGUUGUUGAUGAAGACUGGCCAAACCCAAUUUCCGAUCAAUGGCUGGAAUCGGCUCAAUAUUAUAUAAAUGGUCCGGCUGCAGAGAAAAUUAGUUCACCAAAACGCGAAGCAUUAUCACUAGAUCAAAAAUUACUGAAUGCAGACCAGAAAAGACGCCAUAUUGAGAAUAUGAAACGGCUAGAAAUUCGUAAACAAACAAAUCGCGUUCGUAGAGUUGUUGAACGCAGAAUACAGCAGAGCAGAGAAGCAGAAGAAGCAUUUAAAGAGAAAAUUGAAGCAGCAGAUCAACGCCGCGACGCAAUUUUAAAUCAAAAAGUCGAAAGAGCUCGAAAUGAAUCAGAAAAAGCAUCAGAAUACAAAUACAUAGUUGACCUCGAGCAAGAAAGCAAGAGAGUUCAACUAAAUCGAAAGAGCGACGAAAUUAAAAAGCGUCAUGACGAAAUGGUUCGUACUUCUCAAGAAAAAGCUCGCGAACGCACAAUAUCUAAAUCAUCUCCAACGAAUUUACGCCAAAGAAAGAUGGCAGUGAAGAAAGGAGCGAUUACUUUGGCAGAAGCACUCAGAGCAGGCCAAAUUCCAGGUGAUUUUGCCGAAAAUGCAGAGAACGAAGACACAUUUGACUAUCCAAAGCUCCAGGAACCCAAAGAAUCCCUCAGCCAACACGCAAUUGAGACAAUUAACAGAAUUGAGUCAGAUCCAACGGAUCCAAAGAACACAGCUCGAUUCCUUAAGCUUGUAUCUGACUAUAGAUCAUCAUUAUGCAGCUCUUCUCGUGCAGGAUUGGCUUUAAUCAAAUCUCUCAAAGAAUGCAUCAGAAGUAACGCAAAUUCGAUAGAUACAAUGAUCAGACAUGUCACACAGAUUGCAGAUACAUCACUUCCUUUCGCAGUUCAUGUUGGCGUUGAAGCGAUAUCAGUAUUUCCAAGUUUAUGCAAGCACACUAACUCAUUGAACACAAUUAAAGAACUUAUUACACUUUGGACCAGGAUUCUUGAUGCUAAGAAUCCUCUUAACAUAAGGAUUUUCUUUGUUGAAAGAUUAUCUCAAUCUGCCGCUUUAGAUGGCAUUUGCUUUUUACUAGGCCAAUGCUCAGUUGACGAUUUAUCAUCCUCAAAAAUCCUUAUGGCGUUAAUUGCUUCAGAUGUUUCAUUACUUCAAGCGAUGGCAGAUUUAUUUUUCAAUACAACUUUUUCUGAAGAUGUAAACUCCGUGGGAAUUGACUGCGUUUCAAGGGCAAUUGGACCAUCUAUUAUAGAUUUCUUAAAUGCUAUGUCAAUAGAUACAGCCAAAGCCCCUCACGAUAUCAUUUCUCAAGCAACAAUUGCGUUAAGUACUUUCAUUGCAGGAAUUCCGGGUUCAGCCGAGCAAUUCAUUGAUGAAAAUAUAGCAGCAGAAAUCAACUCAGUCAUGAGAGCAUUCUUAUCUUCUUCUGCUCCAUGUACAGCAGGAAAACAUUUAAUUGUAUUGUUUGGUUUGCUUUGCAAGUCGAAUACAGUUAAAGAAUCAUGUCUAUGGCUGCCAUCGCCAACAGUUUUGGACUUGUUAUGCGGUUUACCUUUAGAAUUUUUCAUCAAAAGAGAUGGAGCUGCUGUUUUACUGCCAACCAUCGCUGCUUGCUGCUCAGGAAAUGAGGAAAACUUGAAAUACAUUAUGAAUAGUGCACAUGUCAAUGAAUCUCUUGUUGCAAAGUUCCUUGCAAGAGCUACAGCAAUUCCGAAUAAUAUAUUGUCUAUAGAACACAGAGUUUCGAAAGAAGAUAUUAAUGUUUUAAUAGAAAAGUUUAGUUCAGAAAAGAAAUAA